CAUAUUCCUCGCCUGUAUGUUUUUUAAGAAUAUUUAAAUGGAUAGCCAUAGAAAUGGAUAGUCUUGAAUGUUCUCGUGCAUCCCACAAAGUUUUGGAACAGCGCGCGAAAAUACUCCUCAAGUAAUGACUGCAUUACUAUGUUAUUAUUCCUGUAGUAAAUGUUAGUGUCACGUCCUCAAUUGUCAUGGAUAGGCUAAUGUACUCGCUACAAAACAUUUUUCUUCACUAAAGCACGAGAAACGAGCCGCUGUCAAAGUGUGAAAAGUUUGGACUGUGAUGAUCCUACCUGAGAGAACUCUCAGGUUUCAUUCAAGAUACCCAUGCGUCAGCAACAGCUGUCCUGCAGCGUGGACGGUCUCUGAGAAGGAGGAAAGGUUAUCAGCGAAGGCUUGAAAGAAGACUUACCACCGGGUUCCUUGGCUUUUGUGGAAAUACCUUUUUUACAGGACAAGCCCACUGCUGAGAGACCCCGGUGUGGUUGCAUCUCUCGCCCAGCAGAAUGCCAAGAUGGUCGCCCUGCUCCCUCCCACAGGCACCGAAGUGUUCCGCCGCUUCACCCUUGAGUCGCUGGCGGAGAUCGAGAGGCGGAUGGCAGAGGAAGCAGAGGAGCAGGAGAGAAAAAAGGCCCUGAACAUUGAGGUGGCAGAGGAGGACCUGCCAAAGCCUGCUGUCGACCUGGAGGCCGGCAAGGCCCUGCCGUUCAUCUACGGAGACCCGCCACCUGAGCUGUUCAACACGCCCCUGGAGGAACUGGAUCCUUUCUACAAAUCACACAAAACCUUUAUUGUCAUCACCAAAGGGAAGACAAUCUUCAGGUUCAAUGCUGAGCCUGCCUGCUACAUUCUGACACCCUUCAGUAUUCUCAGGAGAGGAUCCAUCAAAAUUCUCAUACAUUCAUUAUUUAGCAUGUUCAUCAUGUUAACAAUCAUGUCCAACUGUGUGUUUAUGACGAUGAGUGACCCUCCGGCAUGGAGUAAAACUGUUGAAUAUGUUUUCACUGGUAUCUAUACCUUUGAGGCAACAAUAAAAGUGUUUUCCAGAGGCUUCUGUGUUGGAGAUUUCACAUUCCUUCGAGAUCCAUGGAACUGGCUGGAUUUCAUGGUGAUCAGCAUGGCGUACCUCACAGAGUUCGUUGACCUGGGCAACGUGUCUGCCCUCAGGACGUUCCGUGUGCUCCGAGCCCUUAAAACAAUCACUGUAAUUCCCGGUCUGAAAACUAUUGUUGGCGCUCUGAUACAGUCAGUGAAGAAGCUGGCUGAUGUGAUGAUCCUAACAGUGUUCUGCCUGGCUGUGUUCGCUCUGGUCGGCCUGCAACUGUUCAUGGGAAACCUGAAGCAGAAGUGUGUUUACUGGCCCCCUGCGGAAUGGCGUUUAAACUCCACCAACAUGGACAACAUCACUAUGGCCUUCAACAACAUUACUGGUUUCAACGACAUUAUGGGCUACAAUGGCACAAACAGCGGCAACAGUACGUGGGACUUCAAGGCAUACAUCGACGAUAAAGCGAACCAUUACUUCCUUCCUGGAAUGUUAGACCCUAUUCUUUGUGGAAAUGCUUCUGAUGCUGGAAAUUGCCCUGAAGGAUACACGUGUAUGAAGGCCGGAGGGAAUCCCAACUAUGGCUACACAAGUUACGACAGUUUUGGAUGGGCCUACCUUGCCCUAUUUCGGCUCAUGACACAGGACUUCUGGGAAAAUCUAUUCCAGCUGACUCUUCGCUCAGCAGGGAAAACCUACAUGAUCUUCUUUGUGGUGGUGAUCUUCCUGGGCUCGUUCUACCUGAUCAACCUGAUCCUGGCUGUGGUGGCCAUGGCGUAUGCUGAGCAGAACGAGGCCACCAUGGCCGAGGCCAAGGAGAAGGAGGAGGAGUAUGCCAUGAUCCUGGAGCAGCUGAAGGAAAGGAAAGAAGCGGAGGUCAAAGAGAGACAUGACAGGCAUCAUGAACACCAUGAACACGCUGAAAUUGCUGGCAGUCAGACGUCACUGUCCAGUAGAACAUCUAAGAAAGAGAAAGGUGAUAAGUCAGAUCAAGAGGUUGCUGAUGAUGAGGAGUGUACGUCCUCCAGCCUUGAUAAGGACGGCGAGGCUAUAAAGGACUCCAAUGGAGGCCUCAUGAUCAGAGCCAACGCCGACAAGGUCCUGGCAGACCAGGAGAGGGCCAGUGGACCCAAGGGGAGUAAGGACCAGCUGGAAGUAUCAGGCCUGCAGAAGAAGACACCCAGUUCACCCAGUGUCUACAGCCAAGAUGACAUGGAUGAUCUGGAGAAGGAACUGAGACCUUGUCCGCCUUUCUGGUACAAGUGUUCAGACAUCUUCCUGAAAUGGAACUGCUGUGUGCCCUGGGUGACUUUCAAGAAGUGGAUGUACUUCAUAGUGAUGGACCCGUUCGUGGACUUGGGCAUCACCAUCUGCAUUGUACUCAACACCACGUUCAUGGCCAUGGAGCACUACCCCAUGACAGCAGAGUUUGAAGAUGUGCUGAGUGUGGGGAACUUGGUCUUCACGGGAAUCUUCACAGCAGAGAUGGUGCUGAAGCUCAUCGCCAUGGAUCCGUACUACUACUUCCAGGUCGGGUGGAACAUCUUCGACAGCAUCAUUGUGACCAUAAGCCUGGUGGAGCUGGGGCUGGCCGACGUCGAGGGUCUGUCCGUGCUCCGCUCCUUCCGUCUGAUGCGUGUUUUCAAACUGGCCAAAUCCUGGCCCACACUCAACAUGCUAAUCAAGAUCAUCGGUAAUUCAGUGGGCGCCCUUGGUAACCUCACCCUGGUCCUGGCCAUCAUAGUCUUCAUCUUCGCCGUGGUGGGCAUGCAGCUCUUCGGCAAGAGCUACAAAGAGUGUGUCUGCAAGAUCUCCUUGGACUGCGAGCUGCCCCGCUGGCAUAUGCAUGACUUCUUCCACGCUUUUCUCAUCAUCUUCCGGGUGCUGUGCGGAGAGUGGAUCGAGACCAUGUGGGAAUGCAUGGAGGUGGCCGGACAGGGCAUGUGUCUCGUUGUCUUCAUGAUGGUCAUGGUCAUCGGUAACCUAGUGGUGUUGAACCUCUUCUUGGCCUUGCUGCUGAGCUCGUUCAGCGGCGACAACCUGGCAGCUCCAGAGGAGGACGGGGAGAUGAACAACCUGCAGAUCGCCAUCAACAGGAUCACCAGGGGCAUCGACUGGGCCAAGGCCUACGUAAUCAAACAGUUCUGCAUUUUGACAGGGAAGCAGCCUAAUGAGGAUGGAGACGGGGCUGAUGGUAAUGGGGGUAGUAAUGAAGAUGUGGACGGCCUCCCGGAGGACAGCUUGGCUUUGAAAAAUAUAAACUCCAGUGACAACCCAAAGGCUGAUUUGGAGCUCAAAAUGCUGGACGUUUGGGUGGAUGAUGUUAACCCAAGUGGAUUUCUUACAAAUGCGGAUUUUACCCUGGAUGUACCUAUUGCCAAAAUGGAGUCUGAUGAUGAGGAUGACAGCUCCGAAGAGGAAGAAGGAGAAGGCGCAAAUGAGGAUGCUAAAGAGGAUACUGAGUUAAGGAAACCUAUUGCACAGGACAAUGCCUCUUCAAUCUGCAGCACAGUGGACAAUCCCCCUGAAGUGGAGGAAGAGGAGGAAGAAGAGGCAGACCCCACCAGCCCUGAGAACUGCUGGACCGAGAAAUGCAUUGGACGAUGCCCUUGCCUUGAUUUUGACAUCACCACGGGCAAAGGAAAGACUUGGUGGAACUUCAGGAAAACAUGCUUCCUCAUUGUGGAGCACAACUACUUUGAGACCUUCAUCAUCUUCAUGAUCCUGAUGAGUAGUGGAGCUUUGGCUUUUGAAGACAUAUACAUUGAACAGCGCAGGACCAUAAAAAUCAUCCUGGAAUAUGCUGAUCAAGUCUUCACCUACGUGUUCAUUAUUGAGAUGCUCCUGAAGUGGGUGGCUUACGGAUUCCAGGCCUACUUCACAAACGCGUGGUGCUGGCUGGACUUCCUCAUUGUGGAUGUGUCUUUGAUUAGCUUAACGGCUAACAUCCUGGGCUACGCUGAACUUGGACCAAUCAAAUCUCUUCGAACGUUAAGGGCUUUGCGGCCCCUCCGCGCCCUGUCCAGAUUUGAGGGAAUGAGGGUGGUGGUGAACGCUCUGGUGGGGGCCAUUCCUUCCAUCUUCAACGUGCUUCUAGUGUGCCUCAUCUUCUGGCUCAUCUUCAGCAUCAUGGGAGUCAACCUGUUUGCUGGGAAGUACUACCACUGCUUCAACACCACCGCUGAGGAGAUGUUCUCUGCUGACGUUGUGAAUAACAAGACCGAAUGCUAUCAACUAAUGAUGGAGGGUAAUGACGACGUGCGCUGGAUGAACGCAAAGGUCAACUAUGACAACGUGCCCAUGGGCUACCUCUCCCUCCUGCAAGUAGCAACAUUUAAAGGAUGGAUGGAUAUAAUGUAUGGAGCUGUGGAUUCACGUUCAGUGGAAGACCAGCCCAUAUAUGAGGAUAAUGUUUACAUGUACAUCUACUUUGUCAUAUUCAUUAUCUUUGGGUCUUUCUUCACCCUGAAUCUCUUCAUUGGUGUCAUUAUCGACAACUUCAACCAACAAAAAAAGAAGUUUGGAGGGAAAGAUAUUUUCAUGACAGAGGAACAGAAGAAAUACUACAAUGCCAUGAAAAAGCUUGGUUCCAAGAAGCCACAGAAACCCAUUCCUAGACCACAGAACAAAUUCGCAGGCAUUAUCUUCGACCUGAUCACCCAACAAUUCUUUGACAUCUUCAUAAUGGUGCUGAUCUGCCUCAACAUGGUAACGAUGAUGGUGGAGACGGACGACCAGAGCGUGGAGAAGGAGGAAAUCCUCUUCCUCAUCAACCUGGUGUUUAUCAUUGUCUUCACCACAGAGUGUACCCUCAAGUUGAUCGCACUGCGACAACAUUUUUUCUCAGUCGGAUGGAAUAUUUUUGAUUUUGUCGUCGUCAUUCUCUCCAUCGUUGGUAUACUGCUGGCGGACAUCAUAGAGAAGUAUUUUGUCUCACCUACCCUUUUCCGUGUCAUAAGACUGGCCAGGAUUGGUCGAGUUCUGAGACUCAUCCGAGGAGCUAAAGGCAUCCGGACACUGUUGUUUGCCCUGAUGAUGUCACUUCCUGCUCUCUUCAACAUUGGGCUCCUGCUCUUCCUCAUCAUGUUUAUCUUCUCCAUUUUCGGAAUGUCCAACUUUGCAUAUGUCAAGAAGGAGGCCGGAAUAGACGAUAUGUUCAAUUUUGAAACUUUUGGCAACAGUAUAAUUUGUCUGUUCAUGAUCACAACCUCAGCCGGUUGGGAUGGUCUCCUCUCACCCAUUCUGAAUAGUGGACCUCCGGACUGUGACCCGGACGUGGAAAAUCCCGGCACAGAUGUAAGAGGCAACUGCGGCAGCCCUGGUUUGGGAAUUUGUUUUUUCUGCAGCUACAUCAUCAUGUGUUUCCUUGUUGUGGUCAACAUGUACAUUGCCAUUAUCCUCGAGAACUUCAAUGUGGCCACAGAGGAGAGUGGUGACCCUCUGUGUGAGGAAGACUUCGAGAUGUUCUACGAGACCUGGGAGAAGUUCGACCCUGACGCAUCACAAUUCAUUGCCUACGACAUUUUGUCAGAGUUCUGUGACACGCUUAAAGACCCGCUCAGGAUCCCCAAACCCAACACAAUCAAGCUGAUCACCAUGGACCUUCCCAUUGUCCCUGGGGAUAAGAUCCACUGUCUGGACAUCCUGCUGGCACUGACCACAGAGGUGCUGGGAGAGUCAGGGGAGAUGGAUGCCAUGAAGGAGAGCAUGGAGGAGAAGUUCAUGGCCAACAACCCCUCUAAAGUGUCAUACGAGCCAAUCACCACCACCCUGAGGCGAAAGCAGGAGGAGGUAGCAGCUGUUGUUAUUCAGAGAGCCUAUCGUAAGCAUCUGCUGAGACGUUCGAUGAAACUCGCUUCCUACAAGUACCGCGAAAAGAACGAGUUAACCAAGGAGGACGAAGUGCCACCAGAGAAGGAGGGAAUGAUUGCCAUCAAGAUGAGCAAACUGUAUGGAAGCCAACAAUCACUCGGAGGGGAUGAAACCGUUGUAGAAGUGAAUUAUUUUGAAAAACGGGACAGCAAAGAACUGACAGAGACACAACCUCCUGAGGAGACUACUGAAGAGCCGCAGCCUGUGAAGCUUCAGAACGAGAUCAUCUUGCGCUCUGCCCCCUUUGUCAUCCCUGCCUCAAUCCGUAACUCACAGCUGAAAGAGUCUGAUGUUUGAAUAACUAGUGCAACCAAUGGAUAAAAACUGCAUCACCAUGGUCUUCUGCCUUUGACGAUGAGACUGCUUGUUCAUCUCCAAUGUCCAACUUCGGUAUGUUUGGCUUGGGUCAAAGACAGGGUUCUCGCUAACUAAUUCUGAGGGACACAUUGAGCCCAGCCCACUGAAUCAAAGAGAUUGCAUAGAGAUGAUGAUAUAACGAAUAUAGCAGUCAAUUUAAUUGAUGUUGAUGAUGAUAACCUGGAAUGUAUUGUUGGCAAGACAAUCACCAAAGCCUGAGCUGAAAGUUUGGGCCCAUUUAUGGAUGCAAGCCCAGUUUUGGUAGCAGACCCCUUGUAAUAUAUAGUUGAGAUCAAUUGAGAAUUAAAUAACCUAAGAGAUAGGUAGCAAUGUAAAAUAUAAUAAGUCAAUAAAACUCCAUCUCACCAGAGAGUAGGGACCUGAUUCCUAUGGUUUUGCUCUUAACACAAAAAAAUACCUUUCAGUCCCCUGAAAGUAAUAAAUAUGUUCCUUUUCGUAUUUUUAAUGCCUUUUUUAUUCAAGAUGUAUUCUUCAAGUCAAAUCUGCACUUACAGUAUUCAAUUGCAACAAAAAAGGCCAACAAUAUUCUCAGCUCUAUCUUCAAAGUUUAAAUAUGACUCCAAAAACAGGAUUCUCAACAAGUAUUAUAGUUUUUUCAUAUGGAAUCUGACUUUUGGUACAUCUGUCAUUUUAAUCGAAACUUUUAUGACUGCCCUAUCAUUUUCCAAAUACCGGUACAAGAAUGUCAAAUAAAAAUGUUAAAUAUAUUUUUCAGUGAAUACAAUUGUAUUUUCCCAAAGUUAUUAUUUGUCUGGAGUUUGGUUUGACGUAUUUGGCAAACACUUUUGUGUGUUCAUUUUAAGGUAUUAAAGCAAAUACUCACACAGGGAUGUACAGUUUAUACAAAGUAUUUUAUACUUUUUUUAACCAAAAUAUAUUUAAUUAUGAAUAUGACAUGUGCCUUUAAACAUAUGAAAAUGACAAAAAGCUUUAAUGAAGAAACAGAUUUAGAAAACUAACUGAGAAAUUAUUUACAUUUGCAAUAAUUAACUAAUUCUGCUGACUAACACAAUAAUGUGUCAAAUUUCUUUUCAGUUUUCUUUUAUUGUUGAAUUUCUUAAUUUUCUGUAUAUUUCCUUUGAUUUUAUUCCUUUGAUUCCUUUCUUUUUUAGUUUUUAUCACUGUAGUAACACAAGUACUGUAGUAACACAAGUACUACUAACAUUGUUCGGUUUUUAAUCUGCAAUUAUUUAUGCAGUAUGAUGAUAGAAAUUAAUAAUGACAUAUUUUCACAAUAGGUGCACAUGCUGAAAAUGUACUGGGCAGUUUAUUGGAACAUGGGGCUUGUAACACCAGAAUUGUUGAUUUGAUUUUCACAAGGGGCACAUACUAUAUGUGUUAACUGAGUCGCUUCGGAUAAAAGCUUCAGCUAAAAUGACCAUACAAGUCUUAACACAGAAAUGUCUUAAUCAUGGGAAUACAGUAGGAAAGCACUUUGAAACAUCAUUUGUACUGGAGAAUGAAGCCUUGUUAGGAAUGCAGUUUAUUAAUUAAAAAGUAUGAUGUUAACUACUUUUUAAUUAUACUGUAAUAUCAAUCUCACCUAAAUGUGUGUACAGUAUCUUACCCAAUCUCUGUCUGGAGAGGCAUAUUUGACUAUUGAUACUAAAAUACUUCGAUAAGCACAAUCAAGCACACUGCAAUUUCUUUGGAAACUUGUAUGAGAAAGGCAUGGAUUAAUUACACAUGCAUGGAACCGCUUUGAGUUACUACUACAAUUCUUAACUGCACCAUCAAAUUUGUGUUUGUUUGCGUUUUGAAAACAAUGUGUGGAGGAUAACUUAGAUAACAUAAAUAAAUGUUCUAUUUAUUUCAGCGAUUCACUAAUUCUAACCAGUUAGUACUUCAUUACAAGGGGUCUUGAGUUUGAAUUAAGGACAAAUACUAAGUUAGCAACUGCUUACUUUUGUACAAGAUCUUCCAUGUUUGUUAAGCCAAGUGUGCCUAUUUGUAAGUGCUACCUACAACAGCGGUUCAUCUAAAGGGAGAGGGGUUUGCCUCUAAAUCAUGUUCUAUGCACUGUGUGAACAUUCAAGCAGAGGACCUUGGAAUUGUGAAAUGUAAAUUAUAUAGAUAUCAUGCACCAUUGUUUACAAAACUAAUACUGUGUGAAAGAGAUCGAGAAGGACGCUUAUAUUGUAUUUUUCCGGAGGCUGUGGCCUGUAAACAUUGUAUGUUCAAUGCUCAAUUCUGGAGGUUUUUGUAGAUUGUAUUACUUUAUAUUAUCGAUAUAAAGAGCAUUUAAUUCAUUUAAUGAUAAACUAUACAUGCAAAUACACAGCAGUACAUAUUAUGCUUUACAGCUUUACUUUCUAACAAUUCUAAUACAUUUCAAAUAAAAAAUAAAGAUGUGUUUUGGGUCCUCUGCCAGUUGAAUUGUAUUACACAAAUAUUUUAGAGGGAUUUUUAUGAUGUAUUUGUUCACAUGCAUACUGUAUAUGCCAUCUGCUGGACAACUAUAUAAUUCACAACUUGCCUGUCAGACAUGAGUAGCUUUCAGUUAUCUCACUUUUACCAGUCAUGACACCUUUGUUCCCAGUUAUGAUCAAUAACAAUUUCCAGAUGUGAUGUUUUUCCCCUGGAGGAGAAGAGUAAUCCCUUAAGCAUUUGUGAACUCUGAGAUUUAGAUUUUGUUCAUCUUUCUAUUUCCUGUGGGUGGGUCCUUAUCCAGCAGUCACAUAUCUAUUUAAACCUUAUAUAGCGUUAGGACUUAGUUCACAGUCCAUAAAUACUCUCUCACCUUAUUAUCGUGCCUCAAAGACAUCAAUUAGAUAGUUCUCACAGCCAUACCAUAGCUUAGUCUGUCAUGUAAAAGGAUAUCAUGCACUAAAGGCCUGAAUACAGUAUAGUAAAUAGCUAAACAACUUCUUUCUUCAAUGAUAAGAGAAACAGAAUUGAUAAUUAAACAGUGGUAGAACAUUUUGUUUGUUUCCUGCCAACACUAUCAAUGCAGCAUUACAUUUCAAAAACAAAACAGAGUGCUGUGUUAAAAGUGCUGAACUUUGGUUGUGUUCACUUCACAUGAAAAACAUUCAGCUGUGCCUUCAGGACGUCUCACCCAGCAGGCAUUUGACUGCAGCAGCAGCAGUACUGUAAUCAGAACCCAUUGGGUUUGGAGCAGUUGCCCUCCAAUACCAAAGCACAACCCCUCCCCUCUUCCCCAGACACAUGCACGAGCGCACACACACGCACACACACACACACACACUCUCUCUCUUUUGGUCUCUCUCUCUAACCAGGCCCUUCCUUUAGGAGAGCGGUGGGGGCAAUGGGGCCUCUGGCUGGAGGUGUCUGCCGGACUAUUCCUCUCCGAGUUCCAAGCGUACGGCACAAGUCAGGGGUCAUCAGUGCGUAACGACCUUAAGACAGCGAGGGUCUGUGUGUUCUACAUGUCUCUCUUUAGUUUGCAGGACCAGGAGUGGGACCACGACUAUAAUGUUACACCCAUUCACUCCUCACACUGACUGACCGAUCCCUGUUACACAUGCCAAGCUUGGCCCUAUGACCGAUCAGGAGGUCAAGGAGAUUAGCUACAGAUGUUAGCUACAUGCUUGUGAUGACUGGAGGGAAGGGGCUUGGGUUUGGUGUGGUGACUAUAAUGAGCAACACAGAGGCUCACACAAAAUUCUAGCACAUGAUAACUGGCAGCUAAUAUAACUUACUAGUCCAACUGUCUGAUAGUGUCAUAAAUGUGUUUCAAAAUACAACAAAUGUUGCCAUUAUCAUGUUAUCAUGUAUGACGACCCUCCCACUCUGUCUGCCGAAUUCUCUAUUUGUUCUUGUUUUCCUUAAUAGGAUGUUGGUGGGCGGAGCCGGGAGGGUCGUCAGAGAAAUGGGACACACCUGGGCUCGGGUGUGUCCCAGGGAUAAAUACACCUUUCCCCUAUUCAUUGUGGAGACUCUCUCCAUGCAGACACACUGUUGGAGUUUGGUUGUGGCAUUUUUCUGGCUGUAUGGUUUGUUUGCUUUGGCAACCCUCCUCAUUAUCACCUCUAUGCAUCCACUCACUUACACUACUGAUUACUGACUACACACACCAUUGUUAAUUGUAUAUACAGUUGAAGUCAGAA